GUUGCUGGAAAUAUUGAGACUAAAUACAAGUGCUCCGAAUAUGGUAUUUCUCUUACUGAGAAGUGGAACACCGACAACACCCUCAACGCUACCCUGGACAUUCAGGAUAAGGUUAUGCCCGGUCUGAAGGUCACCCUGGAUGGAAACUUUAAGCCCAACACUGGCAGCGUUGCUGGUAAGCUGAAGACUGAAUACAAGCAUGAUCGUCUUGUGUUUGCCACGGAUAUGAACUUGGCCGCUAACCCCGCCAUCAACUUGAACGCCUCUGUCGGCCACGGUGCCUGGGCGGUCGGAUACGCCACCUCAUUCGAUACUGCCAAGUCGGCCAUCACCAAGAACCACUUUGCUGUUGGGUACGCUACCAAGGAGGCAGUUCUUCACUGCACUUGCAACGACGGAAAGACUUUCGGUGGCGGAAUCUACCACAGAAUCAACCCAAGUCUUGAGACCGGAGUUUCCAUCUCUGCUGCUCUUGGAGGCAGUGCCGCUUUUGGUGUUGGUUGCAAGUAUGAUCUUGGACCAGAUGCCAGUAUUAGAGCUAAGGUUGACAACUCCAGUAAGGUUGGUCUGAGCUACCAGCAGAAGUUGAGGGAUGGUAUCACUGUAACCCUGAGCAGCAACAUUGACGGAACCAAGCUUAAUGCUCCUGGACACAAGCUUGGCCUGGCCCUGGAGAUGUCUGCUUAAACAAUGUUCUUCAGAAUCCGUAAAUAUACUCAACUCUACAGUCCUACUAGACCUGACAAUAUUAGCUAGAUCUGUGUUUAGUUAUCUUCUAUUUCUGCACUUCUUCAAAACCUAUUUAUCCAGUGUUUCGUGACGUUAAAUGUACUCUCCGUUUCGAACACUGCUUUCGAAAUUCGAUGAUAAAUGUCUGGUGAUUUUUUUUCUCGCAAAUUUGAGCUAGAAUCAAGUUCUCUCGUUAGUCAAACGAUUGACGUGCAUUUUAGUUUUUAAGUGGCUGUUUUUUUCUAGCAAAACUAAAAAUACUAAAAAAAUAGUUUCGAAGGAUUUCUUGCAUUUCUUGUGAUUUUAGUUGGUACGUUUUUAGACUUUCGGAGAUAAGACUUAAAUUCGCGUUUAUCUUUUCGCGACAUUUUGGUCAAUCUUCCCAAUAUUAAAUUAUAUAAUAAUCCCUAGCCUUGUAUUAGACUCGAAAUUAUAAAUAUUACAGA